AUGAGCCCAUACGUCCUUCUUUUGCAUCGCCAAAGCCUCUUCAACCAGUUACACAACCUCAGUCGUCCUGGCAUCCGAGCUUCUACAUGCCUCGUGACUGACCGGUACGCGUGGCCCUCAAUGCAACGGGACUGCCGCACCUGGGCACGCACAUGCAUUCAAUGCCAGCGCGCCAAAAUUGCCCGGCACGUCACGUCCCCACUCGGAGAAUUUCCCCUCCCGACGGAAUUAUUCCAGCACGUCCACAUUGACAUCAUAUGCCACCUCCCACCAGGCGGCCCUUACCGCUAUUGCCCCACUGCCAUCGAUCGUUACACUCGUUGGCCCGAAGAUUGGCCGCUCGUAAGGAUCACCGCAGAAGACAUCGCAUCAGCCUUCUUCUCCGGCUGGGUUUCCCGCUUCGGCACUCCUCGUCGAGUCACAACUGAUCAAGGAAGGCAAUUCAAGGAAGCCAGAUCAAGGAAGCCAGACAUUCAAACCACGCCCGCGGAAUUCGUCUACAGGGAGCCGCUUCGCCUACCUGGAGCACUCCUCUCCGCUCCGACCUCUGAUGUAACCAGCUCGGACCCUGCAGACUUCGUCGCUCGACUCCGUCGCACAAUGGGCGCGCUGCGCCCCUCACCAGUGGCUCACCACACCAAGCCGACCCCGUUCGUGUUUAAGGACCUGGCAACAUGCUCGCAUGCCUUCCUCCGCGACGACACCGUACGCGCACCUUUCCAGCCGCCUUACUCCGGACCUUACAAAGUCAUCUGUCACGACGACAAAACAUUCACCCUGCAAAUCAGUGGAAAGGAUGUACGCGUUUCCAUCGACCGCCUAAAGCCAUCAUAA